CUAGAUACAUCGUGAUAUACGCCAACAUGUCCUCUAACUCCACUACUCCACCACAACCUCUUCAGUCGCCAAAGUCACCAGUCACCCCAUCAUAUCCUUUCCAUAGAGAGGGAAGCCGACUCUGGGAGAGGAAUCAUCUUCUUUUAGGAGAGCUUCCCAGCCCACUUCCAACAAAAAGAACCCGAACAUAUUCAGCAACUGCCCGGGCUUCUGCAGGACCUAUUUACAAAGGUGUCUGCAAGCAGUUUUCCCGAUCCCAGGGACAUGGGUUCAUCACUCCGGAGAGUGGAACAGAUGAUAUAUAUGUGCACAUUUCUGACAUUGAGGGAGAAUAUGUGCCUGUUGAAGGAGAUGAGGUAACAUACAAGAUGUGCCCGAUUCCACCUAAGAAUCAGAAAUUUCAAGCUGUGGAAGUCAUUCUCACUCACCUGUCUCCUCACACAAAGCAUGAGACAUGGUCAGGACAGAUUAUCAGCUCCUAGACUGUCAAAGCCUUCCACAAGUGGUGGGGACCAAAAAGACAUACGACUGCCAUAUUGCCCACUAUCUACACCUACAUUAAUGAUGCCAGAUCUUCUUGAGAGAUUGAGCCAGUUUUCAAACUGGGAUUUUUUUUCUUUAUUUGUAGAAGACCGAUAUGGGCUGGUUCAAGCUAUCCCUAAGAUCUGGGGGGAAAUAUUAAUUUGUCACAUGUAUUAAAGCCAAUAUAACCCAACUGGAUCACAACUUUUGUGUUAUUGGAACCCCCCGGAGAUCAGCAUAUAACAAUGAAUUGUAAGAACAAUGCAAAAUUCUCAGCUAUGCUUUUAUUUUAUUUUUUAUAACUGGGCUAGUGUGAUCUUCACUGAUGAUCUUCUAAACUCAUGAAAAUGGAUAGAGGUUUUAGUGUACAUUUCUUGUCUGACCUCUCUCUGCUUUUAUAAUCUCCUAUUCAGAGUUCACAGGACUUUAGGUUGUAAAGCAUUCCAAAUGACUUGCAUCUCUAUAUUUUGUAUCGCCGAAUUAUCAUGCUGCAUUGAUAUUUCUACCAUACGAUUUUCUAAUGGAUCAUUUGGAGUAUCUUUAUUCAGUCAGUAACCGCACCACAGUGAUUAUUCUUCGGUCUUCACACAGUGAUGACAUAGGUGGAGAGGGAAAUAGGAGAAUAUUUUAUCCAUUGAUUACU